CACACCCAUGUCAAAAGGCUUGAGUCCUGUGACUAUCGUAAGCAAACCUGGCUUGUGCAUCCCUUUUCAUGUGACCCUCUCUUGUCACACUUCUUGGGCACACACUCUUGCCUGUGAUUUGCUUCAAUUCUAUCUCCGAUCCUGCCCACCAGUUUAUACAUUCCUGUACAUCUACACUUCCUCUCUCAAACCUUUGUCUCAAAUUUUCUCGACACAUAUAUAGGCACUCUACUAAUUAACACAAAUGAGAAAAACCAAAGCCAUGAAGAUUUUUGUUGCUGCAUUAGUAAUCAUUGCUCUCUUUCUUCUUCCAAUGGCCAUAUCAGCGAGGCAUAUAGGCAGGCCACGAACACACCAUGGGCACCACCAUUCGACACAGCCUCGAAUUAAAGAUGGGACAGUGGCAAAACCCAAUUUCUUAUACAGGGAAAGGUGGCCGGCAAAGAGAAGGGGUGCUGAUACUGUCCAAAUUGCAGGAUCAAGUUUGCCAGAUUGUUCUCAUGCAUGUGGGUCAUGCUCACCGUGUAGACUAGUAAUGGUCAGUUUUAUUUGUGCUUCACUUGAAGAGGCUGAGACUUGUCCCAUGGCUUAUAAGUGCAUGUGUAAUAACAAGUCUUACCCUGUCCCAUGAUGGUCAACCCCCUCCCUUUUCUUUUUUUUUUUUUUGAGAGAGAGAAUGUUCAUCCCCCUUGACUCAACUCUCUACAUGUUUAACUUAGCCUAACUAGUAGAUUUAGAACUUUGUUUUUGUAUCAUUUUUUCUCCAAUUUUACCUUUCUAUUGUAGACAUGCCUUUCUUUUGUGUAAUCAGAGAGUUUACUUUAUC